CAUCGCAUUCUGUCUGCAAGCGCCCAUUAAGCACGGAAUUACCCGUCAAAGAAGAAUUUAAACGAGGGAAGAUGAAGUGUACCAUCACUGCCUUAGUUGUUGCUCUGUUGAUUCUUCACUCGCCCCGAGUUCACUCCGAAGAUGCCGAAGUCACUAUCUUCAAUCAGUGGCCGAAAGGAUUCUACGGUGAAAUAUCGAUUGCCCUCGAAGACGAUGUCGAAGAUGGUUGGCAACUCACAGUGUCUUUCUCAAAGCCCUUGAAACGCCUUGGAGUAUGGAAUGCAAAGGUGGCUUCGAUUUCUGAUGACAAGAAGCAGUACAUCCUUAAGAACAGGUUCUGGAACAAAAAACUGAAGGCUGGUCGUCCACUGAAGUUCCGGUUCUUGGGGCGCAAAGUAGAGAAAGGUGAAAAUCAACCGACUGCAACAGCAGAGUUCACCCGCCUUGGCGAAGGAAGUGGCUUCUAAAGAAGAAAUUUUGGACGAGAAAUUGUUUGCCUGAAGGAGGACAAUAUUGCUCAAUAAAGUGUUGCAAAAAAAUUUGAAAAAAAAAAUGUCUCAUCUUACCACACCUCCCGGCGCUUCUUUAUGAUGUUACUGAAAUUAUCGCGUUCACCGUACAGGGGUUGCUUUA